AUGUCGGAAUCCCCGCCCAAAGAGGGUGUCGAGCAAGGAGAUGCGACCCCAGAACACUCGGAAAGUAUGGAGAGAGGAGAAGAAGCUCAAGUGAGGGAAGCGUACGACUUUGAGGUGAAGGAACAAGAUAGGUGGUUGCCGAUAGCGAAUGUGGCCCGGAUCAUGAAGACGGCGUUGCCAGAAAACGCGAAAAUCGCGAAGGAAGCGAAGGAGUGCAUGCAAGAAUGUGUCUCCGAAUUCAUUUCAUUUAUUACCUCCGAAGCCUCGGAGAAAUGCCAACAAGAGAAGAGGAAGACGGUUAAUGGAGAAGACAUCCUAUUCGCUAUGACAUCUACCGGCUUCGAAAACUACGCUGAGGCACUAAAGAUUUACCUGGCAAAGUACCGAGAAUCCCAAUCACAACGAGGAGAGGCACAGCAGGCGCGGCCGAGCAGUGGCUACGGCGCUCAAACGUCGCAGCCGAGUGCAGCCAGUGCGAGCACAGCUGGGCAGUCGGAUCCAUCAAGCUCAACCGCCUAUCAAGGACAAGAAGAGGGUGUCAACAACAUCCUCAGUCCCCAUGGACCAGAUCCCUCUCAGCAAUUGAGCGGCUACGGCAACGUGUACCCGCCGAGCUCGAGCAAUAACGGCGUCGGUAACGACCCUUAUUAG